AUGACAAGUACGGGCGAGAAGUUUCCUAUUUUGAUUAUGGCCAACUCCUGGAGCGUCCCGCAGAUCGAGUAUGUGGUGCAAGCACAAGAGCUUGCUCGCGCUGGUUACAUCAUUUUGGAAUAUGAGACACGUGGUUGGUAUCGCUCCGGAGGGGAGAUCGACUGUGCUGGAGAAAAGGACCAACGAGACAUCUCGGAGGUAAUUUCCUAUACAUUGAAUCGCAGUGACUGGCAGCCAGACCCCGAACGCUUGGCCAUGGUUGGGAUCUCUUAUGGGGCAGGCCUAGCAUUGCUCGGUGCCGUUCGAGAUGUGCGGAUCAAAGCAGUGGUGGCCAUGAGUGGUUGGACAGACUUCCAAGAGGCGCUCUUCAAAGGAGGCAAUAUCUCCGGUUUUGCUGAAUUUGCUCAAAUACGCAGUGUGAACCUCUCGGCUUUGGAGGUGCAUUACAAAGGGCCCAAGCGCUUGCUGCUGAACCAGGGCAUUCACGCGAGUGCUGAGAUUCCAGGCCUUUUCGGUCUCAAAAACCAUGUAUGGGCGGAGGCUAAGAAAUGGCUUCAUACCUAUUUGAAGGGUGAAGCCUACCCAGCACCGCCACUCCUGGAAAUGCAACUGCGCUCAAACUGGGCAACGCGAGAGCAGUUUGACCUGUGGCCUAGUGCCCGUAUUGAAUACAGCACUCUUGUGCCUUCACCGCGAGGUACUGACUUGUACGGAGAACUAGCGACCAAAGCGUCGCCCUCAGAGCAAGUCUUUGACACAAUCACUUUCUCAAAGGCCACAGGCAUAUCAGCAGGCCUUCCUUAUGUUGGCGAGGCGAUGCAGGUUUUUGUUGACCAUCGCAUCCGCUCAAAGUUGCUUUCAAGCUCCAGGCAACAUGCAAUUUGGUAUUACAAGGAGGUUUCGGACACGAGACUCUGUGGAACUCCACGACUGACGUUGGAUCUCACAGCUUCACACUCCAAAUGGCAGAUUGUUGCCUACCUCUUUGGCGUGAACCGACGAACCAAAGUAGGCACCCUGAUCAGCCAUGGCUCCGUCACCUGCUGGAAUUGCACUGCUGGUGUGAGAGGCACUCAUCAUAUCACGCUUCGUUCCCUUUGUGAAGAUCUGGGUGGCUGGGGCAUGGGUGGUGUGGGGUUGGCACUCAACAUGUUCUCAGAGCUCUACCAGCCUGCCAACGCCGAGGAGAGCUUGGCUAUAAACCUGCACUAUUCCAGCAGCUUCUCCCUGGUGGUGCCCAUCACAGAGAAGGAUGCGCCUAAUUUGUCCACUAUUGUGUAA